AUGGCUGUGCCAGUGAUUCCGCAGCAAUCGAUCGUGAAACCACAAGAAUUGUCUCAUACUUCUAUACCUGUGCCUACAAUUGACGAGUCAUCAGGUUUAUCACAAAACAAGCAAUCGCAAGCUAAGAAACGUAAACGUAGAGCUUCGACAACCACUGGUAAUUCUAAUAUUUCGUCAACCAAAAAGAAGUCGCCUGACGCACCAAAUGUUGUCAUGCCAUCUCAAGACGUAAUGAUUGUUGGAGAACCGUCUCUUAUGGGCGGUGAUUUGGGUGAAGAUGACGAACGUAUGAUUACGCGAUUGGUUAAUACCCAAUAUGAUGGUUCGAAUGGAUUGGAUGAUGAAGAGUAUCGUGGAAGUCCAAUAGAAACGACUCAUAUGUCUUCAUGGAAUAGUGAUCGUAAAACUGCACAAGAUGAUAAAGGGAUGGAUUAA